CGUGUAUCCCCUUCGAUAGCUCAGUUGGUAGAGCGGAGGACUGUAGAGUGAAUACAUAAGAAAUCCUUAGGUCGCUGGUUCAAAUCCGGCUCGAAGGAGGUGAUUUUUGGUUUUAAUAACUACAAACACCACCGAAAAAUCUCAGCAUGUGCGAAAAAAUAACUCAGCUGACUGCUAAUGCUAGUUAGCGAGCAUCACACUUUUAGCUAGUUUUCUGCCCAAAGUGGACGAAGACAUAACUUCAACAGACUGAUGCCUCGUUAAACACUUAAAAAGAUGCUUCUGUUUAGAGUUUAAGAAGAGAGGCGGAGACAUCGUCCAACAACCAACAUAAAGACUGGGACAUGCUGUACCUCAACUAUUCUGGGAUUGUGUCACCAUCACCUGAAGAAGAAAGGUGAAAGUUGUGACAUGAUGCCGACUGCUACCAGGAAGAGAAAGCUCGCCCCUGUGGACUCAGACAGUCAACUACCCAAGAAGGGAGUGAACGAGGACGCGUCCCCCGUGAAGACGAGAUCCCCCAGGAAGAAGCCAGGCAGAGGACUGGACAAGGAGAACUGUCCAUCCCCACAGAAAUCCCCACGUAGACCAGCAGUCUCUCCAGCGAAGUCCCCCCGUAAAUCUCCCGUCAAAAGAUGCGUGGUCACGAGUUCUUUCUACGGCAAACAGAAGUCCGUCUACCUCACUCCGCUCGAGAGGAAGGCGGUAAAGGAGUCCCUGCCUUCCCCUCCUCGCCUCCCUGUGCCUCCUUCCCCUCCCUCUCAGGAGAAAAAGAAGAGGGUGAAGAGUGUUAAAGGAGGGAGCAAGAAGAGUUCUGGUAAAGCGGGGAAGACGGUCGUCAGAGGAUACUCCACAGCUACGAAGACGAUUAAGCUGCCAAAACUCAACACCAGCGUCCCCCCUAAACCAGCAUCAACAGCAGCAGCAGCAGCAGUCGCCUCCACCUCCACCUCUGCUCCUGCCAGCAGCACCAAACACACAGAGGCUAAGAAAUCCAUCACCAUCUCAUUCAGCAGCCUGAAGCCCAAACCAAAGAUCUUCGUGGGGGCUGCUUUCUUCAGCACGGGGAAGAAGCCGACGUCCAUGUACAAGAAAUCUGCACCCAAAUCCUCCAAAAGGGCGGCUUCGGUCCCGGCGAAAAACAAGACUGUCCUGCCGCAGAAGAAGAGUGAGGAACCAAAGCAGACGCAGCAGCAGCAGCAGCCCAAUGCAACAGAGAACCAGCAGCUGAAACAUCCUGCAGAGAGCGCCGUCCAGCCAGAGACGAUGGAAGAGAAGCAGCCGAGCUCCAAGCAGAGAUCAAGGUUUGACCCCACAGACUGGAUGGACGAGCAGCCUGAAACUCUGCAGCCAUCAAGCUCUCCUGCUCUCUUGAAGAAGAAACACGGGCUCACCAAGGAGCUGUCGAUUGUGUUGACCCGAACACCAAGUCCUGCAUCCAGAGGCCCAGCCUUCAGUGCUGAGGUUGAGUCUGUCUUAGACCUGAGUGAAAUAAGUCCUGUGAGUGCCGCUUCCAGUCCACCUGAAGAAUCUGCACCGGUGUAUCCCAUCUUUGGCUCAAGCUCCAAGAGGGCUGCAGCUCUGCGUGCUCCAGUGUCCUGCAGCACUCCCUCUGGCCCGACAGCCUCACUGCAAACAGCAUCUUUAGUCAAAGAGCGACCUGUUCGCAGGAGGAGGGAGAAACAGGACGACGACCAGCUCAUCAUUGACGCCGGCCAGAAACAGUUUGGAGCGAUAACCUGCAGCUCCUGUGGGAUGGUGUACAGCGCAGACAACCCAGAGGACAACUUCCAGCACACACAGUUCCACCAGCGCUUCCUCGAGUCCAUCAAGUUUGUGGGCUGGAAGAAGGAGCGGGUGGUGGCCGAGUUCUGGGAUGGAAAAAUCCUCCUCGUGAUGCCAGACGAUCCGAAAUACGCCAUCAAAAAGGCUGAGGAUGUGCGGCGAGUAGCAGAUAGUGAGUUGGGUUUCCAGCAGGUGACUCUGAGCCGACCCACACAGGCCAAGACCUACCUGUUCGUCAACACAGAGCGCAUGGUGGUGGGCUGCCUAGUGGCUGAACCCAUCCGUCAGGCCUACAGAGUCCUGGAGCAGCCAGAUCAGCAAAAAGACAUGACGAAGGACGACUUCAUGGACCGACACAGAGCCUGGUGCUGCUCCACCGUCCCUGAACAGGCUCUGUGUGGGAUCAGCCGGAUCUGGGUGUUCAGUCUGGCGAGACGGCAGAGCAUCGCAACCCGCAUGCUGGACACUGUCAGGAGCAGCUUCAUGUACGGCAGUCACCUCACGAAGGAAGAGGUCGCCUUCUCUGACCCCACACCCGACGGCAAACUGUUCGCCACCAAGUACUCCGGCACGCCGACCUUCCUCGUGUACAACUUCAUCGCGUGAGGAUCUGUGACGUGAUGAAAGCUGCACAACUGUUCUACCCGACACGUCCUGUGAACAGAUCCUCACGGCGGUGGUUCAGGUUCCUGCGUUAACGAAGUCUGGCUCCUGUUUGUGUUGAAGUGUGAAGGCCUCAGUUGUGUAACUCUGAUUCUACGUUGUGUGUUCGACAUUAGGUGUAGUUUAUUUUGAAGGUCCAUGACUCAGUAUUUAUACUCUGCUUGAUUCCGUUGUUUGUAUAUUUGAUGUGUUUCUGUUCAGAUGUUUAUAUCCUGCUUGAAAGUCAAGUGGCUGAAAUAUUUCACAUUUCUGCGCUCAUGUUGAAGAGUUUGAAUCAUCUUGUUGGGAUCGUUUUUGUGUUCCUUGGUUCAUUCAUUCAAAUGUUCCUAGCUUUUAUUUUUUGCGUCCCGUUUGAGGAUUUGUAGGAGAAUGUUUAUCCACGCUGACAUGUUGAAAGGUGAAUGCCAUCGAUGUAAAAGUAACUCAGCUGUGUAAAUACGUUUAUUAAACAUAUUUUCUUUAAUGAUCA